AGUUAGUCAGCUUUACAAGUGGGACGGAGAGGGCUAAAUCAAUUUAACUUGACGCAAACUACUACUUCUUACUUUUUUCCUUCUUAAAUGCAUAUGCAUCUACUUUGACUUGCAAAAAUGAAAUGCGUUAUCGCUGACUCUAGGCUGGAAUUAAUUAUCUUUUCUCUACUGCUCACCUUUUCACUGAUUUCUGGAACUCCAUCGAGAUUCAGUGCUAACCUGUUUCAGGGUACCGCUUACUCUGGGACAGGACAAAGACCGAGGAAUAAAAACUGGUGUGCGUAUGUGGUGCACAAGAACGUAACUUGCGCUGUCCUGGGAGCUACGGAAAGUUUUGUUGAGCCAGAAGUCGCGCCGUGCCCGAUGCAUUUGCCUGACUGCCCGCAACAAGUGAUGUAUCGGACCCAGUUCCGGCCCACUUACAAAAUCGGUUACAAGCUGGUGACGGAGCUGGAGUGGAGGUGCUGCCCGGCGUUCCAGGGUCCGGACUGCCAAGAGCUGAAAGACACCCCUCCAAAACAGGCCGCGCUGGGACCCCACACCCAUCCCCGUGCAGGUCCAGCUCAGAUCCCCUCUGCACAGGGACCAAAGACUGUGCAGAAUAAUCUCCCAAGCCAGCCGCAGCAACGGCCACAGCAGCAGCAGCAGCAGCAGCAGGAUGGAGACAAGGUGCGCGCGUUGGAGGAAGAGGUCCAGCGGCUCUCCCAGACGGUGCUGGACCUGCAGGCAGCCAUGACCGGCAUGAACGAGAACCUGCGCGUGAACAUCCAGGAGGACACCAGCAAGAUGCUGGUGACGCUGCUCAACAACAUGCGGCCUCCCGACAGCGCGCUGGCUGGGGCCACCGACAGCAUCCGGCUGCAGGAGCACGGGCUGGGCCAGGAGCACCGGGCGAUGGAAGAGGUGAUGGCGAGGCUGAACGAUGUCACCGACACCCUCAAGAGCAAGAGUGACAUCCUGGAGGAGCUGCAGGGCACGGUGACCGGCCACGACGGCCAGCUCCGGCUCCUGAUGGAGGCCACCCAGGGUCCCCUGGCCACAGCCCCUGUCCCGGUCUCCCUCGACGCCCUCCAGGCCUACGUUGAUGACAAAAUCAAGGACCUGAGGCAGGAGAUGAUGGAGGGGAUCGAGAUCAAGAUGGCUGACCUGAAGAACUCCUGCGAGUACCAGAUUACAUCGAUCGCCGAGCAGUGCGAGGGGCACGAGACCAGCUACCUCAGCCUGGCCGAGCUCCUGGACACCAAGGAGGCCGACCUCAGGAAGGAGAUCCAUGACCUCCGGCUCAACUUGAGCCUCCAGAUCGGCGAGGACGGGGGGUCAGAGCAGCUGCGGGUGGAGGUGGGCGGCCUUCAGAGGGAGCUUGAACGCAUUGCAGAAGCCCACCAGGCCCUCAAUGCCAGGCUGGACAGUGAGCUGGAGCAUCUCUCCGGGCCGCAGGUCGAGGACACUCUUGGGCAGCGGCUGGAGGACGUGGAGGCCCGCCUCAAUGUGACAGAGAAGAACUGUGAAGUGCACUGCAUCUACAUGGAGGACAAGAUGAGCAGACAGAUCGCAGAUGAAGUGGCUAAGCUGAGGAAGCAGCUAGAAGAGAGGGUGAACACCAUGGAGGACCAGUUCACUGCCAUGCUGGUGGAGAUCAACAACAACUCUCUCCCCGGGAUAUACAGUGACACAGUGGAUGCUUUGGAGAAUGAAGUUAAAUCUAACAAGUACCUCAUCCAAGGUAUGGAAGAAAAGCUGAAUGCUCUGGGUGAAUUAUGUGCUACAGAGUGCAGAUCUGACCAAGAGGGUCUGGACAACAUAAAGCAGGAUCUCAAGAUUUGCAGGGAUGAGCUGGACGUAAUGAAUUCAGGUGUGAGCGGCAACUCUGAAAAACUCAAAGCACUUGAGGACCUUCUCCAGAGACAGCUGCUGAUUGGCCAGCAAAACAGCGAAGACUUUGCCAAUUUGCAGAGCAGCCUUAGCUCUCUAAAUGAUAAUGUUGGGGGCUUGGGAGGUACCGUCACUGGCUUAAGCAGGUCUCUGAGCAAAUAUGCUCAAGAUCUCCACCAUCUCAACUCCACCUGCAGCGAAACGAAUGCAGCCUGUCGGAAAGAAGUCAAGGAGACACGCAAUUUGCUGGAUCAUCGUCUCUCCGGGAUGGCUGUUAACAACAGCCAGGUGGAAGAGCUGAAGAGGGGCCUGGUUCAGCUGGGCAGCCAGGUCAGGUCGGAGCUCGUCCAGUGCCGGGAGAGCACAGAGGGGAUUGUGAAGGAGGUCUCCAGCGUGGACGGGCGGGUGGCCAACGUGGAGAACAUGUGUGGCAAGCUGGACACCAUAUCAGGCACCCUGCAGAGGAUCAAGGAGGGCCUCAACAAGCACGUGACCAGCCUGUGGAACUGCAUCAGCUACAUCAACGGGACCCUGAGAGCUCAUUCCAAAGACAUUAGCGGGCUCAAGGGCUCUGUCCAGAGCUUCCAGACCACGCUCACAGGAAUCACCAAGGAUAUUCACGACCUGGCAGCGAGCGCUCCCAGCAACCCAGUUGUUCAGGUAAAGCAGGAGAAGCCCUCCCCUCCCGCCGAGACCAAAACCCCGUCUGGCCCCAAACUCCGCGAGUCCACCGUUUCCCAAGCCCGUGUCCCGCUGGUCAUCUCGCAGGUGACCAUCCCCGUGACGAACCGUCCCCGCCACCGGGUCACCCACCGCCACACCUCCAAACUGCGGCAGACGACGACCAGCCCGCUGCAGCCCGUGAUGGAGACGGGUGAGGCCGGGCCCCCUGGCACCAUGCGCAAGACCCUCCUCAAGCUGCCCCAGAGCGACAGCGGCACGAUGGACUUCACCGGGGUCGCUGGGGCACCAGGUUACCCUCCUCUUUCUCCUGUGUCUUUUAAGCCUAAUGUCAUUCCAGCUGCCCACACACCACAGAAGCCAGUGUUACACAAGCCAGUUGUGGCCAUAGCAGUUGGAGACAGUGCAGCAUCCGAGCCCUUCUCCUUCUCCGCCGGCCUCACCGUCCUGCCCUUCACAGGGGAGACUGGCGUAAUCCGCUUCAACAAGGUGCUGGUUAAUGAUGGAGGACACUAUGACCCCAACACAGGGGUCUUCACCGUGCCCACGGAGGGGCGCUACCUGGUCAGCGCGGUCCUGACGCCGCAGAGGGGCGAGCGGGUGCAGGCGGUGCUCUCCGUCUCCAACCGCAGUGUGCAGAGGCUGGAUACCUGGGGCUACCAGCGCGACCCCCUAAAACUCAGCCGCCCCGCCCAGGACGCCUGCGGCUGUGGUGGCUCCGCCUCCUUCAACCUGGUCCUCAACCUGAAGAGAGGGGACAGGGUCGCGCUGGUCAUGACGGCUGGCAAGCUGGCCACCUCCGAGUCCAGCGAGGUCGCUUCCACCUUCAGCGCCGUCUUCCUCUACCCGCCCCACUUCAGCCGAUAGCCCACAGGCACAAGUGUGCAAAAAAAGAUGGGUGCACAAAUACACUAUACAAUUUUGUGAUA